UGGAAAAAAGACUACACGUCGGAACGCUACGACUGGGAGUGCCGGGGUGGUACAGGCUGGCUACAAAUUAUACAGACAGGCCGAUUUGCGAGCGGGCACACUCCAGCGACACUGACGAUGAGGGUGAAAGAGAUCCUGAGAACGGCGCACCAGGCAUGGAGCCCCGCAGCACACCAUCCUACCUACCUGGCAACAGGUACAUCUGCCCAGCAGCUGGACGCGUCGUUCAGCACAAGUGCCGCCCUGGAGAUUUUCGAGAUGGAUUUUGCCGAUGCUUCCCAGGAGAUGAAGCUGAGGGGGUCCCUUUCCACCACUAACAGGUUCCACAGCCUUAUCUGGGUGAAUUACGGAAUGGGAACUGAGGGUUCGUCAGGGAGGCUCAUUGGAGGCAGUGAGAAUGGCGCGCUCACCCUGUACAGCCCAGAGGAAAUCCUGGCCUCUGGCGAGGCGGCAGUUGUGGGAGAGUCGUGCAAGCACACUGGCCCCGUGCGAGCGCUCGACUUCAACCCCUUUCAGAGUAAUCUCUUGGCUUCCGGGGCAAAUGACUCGGAGAUAUACAUCUGGGAUCUGAAUAAUUUCAGCAACCCAAUGACUCCUGGAACAAAGUCUCAGCCCCUGGAAGACAUCAGCGUGGUCGCCUGGAAUAGGCAGGUGCAGCACAUCCUGGCCUCCGCCAACCCCAGCGGCAAGGCGGUCGUGUGGGACCUGCGUAAGAACGAGCCCAUCAUUAAAAUCAGCGAUCACAGUAACCGGAUGCACUGCUCCGGCAUGCUGUGGCACCCGGAUGUGGCCACCCAGCUCGUCCUGGCUUCCGAGGACGACCGCCUGCCCGUCAUCCAAAUGUGGGAUCUGCGGUUCGCCACGUCGCCUCUGAAAGUCCUGGAGAAUCACACGAGGGGCGUCUUGUCCAUGUCUUGGAGCCAGGCGGACUCUGAGCUGCUCCUCAGCAGUGGGAAGGACAAUCGCAUCUUGUGCUGGAACCCCGGCACCGGGGAGGUCAUUUACGAGCUGCUGACGUCCAACCAGUGGUGCUUCGACAUCCAGUGGUGUCCCAGGAACCCGGCCCUGCUGUCGGCGGCGUCGUUCGACGGACGUGUGACCAUCUAUUCGGUGAUGGGGGGAACCCUGGAGGCCCAACAACAGCACAGUGUGGACAAGAUCUCCUCUUCAUUCGACGCCAUCGACCCCUUUGGGACGGGACAGUCUCUCCCUCCCCUGCAAGUGCCGCAGCCCGUGGCGCCGCCCACGGUGAUCCCACCUCUGAAGAAGCCCCCCAAGUGGGUGCGCAGGCCGGUGGGGGCCUCCUUUGCUUUUGGCGGGAAGCUUGUCACCUUCGAGAGCCCCAAGCCUCCUCAGCAGCCGGGCUCGCAGCCAAUCCCCAGGCAGGUGUUCGUCAGUCAGGUCACCACGGAGACGGAGUUCCUCCAGCGCUCCAAGGAGCUGCAGGCAGCUCUGCAAUCUGGAACCUUCUCCAGCUAUUGCCAGGCCAAGAUCCAUAACUCGUCCUCCGAAUCCGAGCAGGACAUCUGGAGGUUUCUCAAGGUCAACUUUGAAGAGGACGCCCGUGUCAAGUUUCUUAGACUUUUAGGCUUCAGCAAGGAGGAGCUCGAUCAAAAGAUCGGCGGCAGCCUGGGGAAGAACACCCAGCCGGAUGGGAUCGACGCCGGCGACCUGACGGAGAAGCUGCUCUCUGCCCAGAGGCAGGACGAAUCAAGUGCCGACACCCUGAACUCUUCCCCGCCCUCCGACUUCUUCAGCCACCUGCCCAAGAGCAAGCCGAACAUGCACAUCCCUGUCUCCUCGGAUACAGACGGACUAAUCAGCCAGGCGCUUCUCGUGGGGAAUUUUGAGGGGGCCGUGGACCUCUGCCUAAGUGACGGCCGCUACGCAGAGGCCAUCCUGCUGUCCAUCAGCGGUGGAGAGGAGCUGCUGAGGAAGACGCAACAGCGCUACCUCGACAAACAGAAGAGCAGCGUCUCUGUGCUGAUUUCCUCGGUGGUGAACCAGAAUUGGGGGGCCAUCGUUCAGGGCUGCCACCUGGACAGCUGGAAGGAAGCUCUGGCUGCCCUGCUGACGUACGCGCGGCCCGAGGAGUUCGCGGGGCUGUGCGACACCCUAGGGGUGCGUCUGGAGGACGAGGGCAUGGAGAAGCGCUGCCUGCAAGCCUGCCUGUGCUACAUCUGCUCAGGGAAUGUGGAGAAGCUGGUGGAGUGCUGGUCUCAUCAGAGAGACUGCUCGUCGCCCUUGGCAUUGGAGGACCUGGUUGAGAAGGUCAUGAUUUUGCGCAAGUCAAUCGAGCGCCUGCGCAGCGGAGAGGUGGUGUCAGCACACAGCCCGGCUCUGGCGGACAAGCUGACGCAAUACGCCGGCCUGCUGGCCUCACAAGGGAGCCUGGGCACCGCCAUGAGCUACCUGCCAGCCACCUCAGACCAGACCACCAUCCUGACGUUGAGGGACAGGCUGUUCCACGCCCAGGGGGAGUCGGCCGAGGGCCCGCAGCCACCCCUCCCUUACAGCCGGGUGCAGGUCGGGGGGGCCACCCGUGCUGUGCCAGGAUCCAAGGGCCAGCCACCUGUGCCGAGAAUGCAGCAGCCGGGCCAGUACCAGGCUGCUGUGGCCCCACAGAGGGAGGCGGGGCCUCCUCCUGCCCCCACGGUCUUCACUCCACAGGUACCUGCCUCCGAGGGGGGGCAUCUUCAGUACUACCCAGGCGCCGCACCCACCUCGCAACCCUCAGGACCCGGCCUUCCACGCCCGCCAUACCCCCUGCACCCCUCCAGUGUUCCAGGAUUUCCCCCAGUGCAGCCGUUCACCCCAAUGGCCGCUCCUCUGAUGGGACCAACCAGCUUCCCCCCCGGCCCCACUAUGCCAGCAGCCAGCCUUUCGGGCCCCGUGAUGCCCCCAGCAUCCCUCCCUGGAGGCAUGCCCAUGAUGCCCAGCCCCCGCAUGCCCCAGACAGCCUUCAUUCCCAGCUCUGUGCCUGCCGCUACUGCACAACCCGGCGCACCCCUUUUCCCAGGGGUCCCUCACAGCCAGGCCCCCCCACCGUCAUCAGCCUCAGCUGCCCCCUUCCAGCCCACGACCACCUGCUACCCGCAGGGUGGUCCCGGAGCACCGGGCGUGAAGCUACCCGCCGCGGCUGUCCCCCCUCCGCCCACAGGGUACUUUCCAUGGCUGGACCUCCGUUGCGAUGAUGAAGGCUCUCACGAGGGCUGGAAUGACCCCCCUGCGGUGCGAGGAGGUCCUAGAAAGAAAAAGCUGUCAGAGAACUACACCCCACCAGCUCCCAUCACGGCCCCUGUCAUGGGCUUCCCCGCCGAGGCCCCCCAGGCUCACGAGCACAUCCAGGCACCGCCGGGGGCCCCCCAGGAACCAAGCAUGCAGCUCCUGCAGCAGCUCCCAGCUGAGAGGGUGGAGCGGCGAGAGAUCCCCGCGGAGCACAUGGUCCUGAAGACUACAUUCGACGGACUGGUGCAGCGCUGCCAGAUGGCCGCAGCCGACCCGCAAACGAAACGGAAACUCGACGACGCGUCAAAGAGGCUGGAGUACCUGUAUGACAAGCUGAGGGAGCACACGCUGUCGCCCAGCAUCCUCGCCGGCCUCCACGAGCUGAGCCGCUGCAUCGAGAGUCACGACUACCAGCACGGCCUGGCCGUGCAUACGCAGAUCGUCAGCUGCAGCAACUUCAGCGAGAUUUCCGCCUUCAUGCCCAUCCUCAAAGUGGUGAUGACCAUCGCCAACAAGCUGGGCAUUUGAGACUGCCACCCCCACGGCAGCGAUUUCCCCCAAACUUUCUAAACGUGAAGUCUACGCUUUUGGAAUGUGCUUUGGUGCUUUACAUGAUGACAUGCUGCAGAUCCGUAAUAUUACUCGCGACGUUAUUUUAUGACUAACAUGUUGCGUGCAGUUCAAGGGCUUUUUUUUUCUUUCUAGAAGGGAAGAAUGUCAUGUCGAUCAUUGACAAGUGUUUGAUCUGUCUGCUAGUGAAUUUGUGGGGGGGGUGGUGAGGGUGUAGAGAAGUCUUACUGUCUUUUUUUCAGGAUAUCGAAGGUGAACAUUUCUGGGAAACGACACUAUCGAUGCAUCGUGUGACCUCUCGGUCACGAAAGAGAGGGGCAUUGUGGGAAAUCACUGAGAGACCUGGUCCUCACAGGCUGGUUCCCAUCUGAACUUGUGAAAGCAUUAAGUGUGUGUGGUGCGUGCGACGCACGCUCACCUCUGGGUCUCUGUGUUUACGAUCUGGAUGGUGGAAUGUCCCACAGCACAGAAUUGUCAAAUUAAAUCCCAAUAAACUAAAUUAACUUGACAUUUUUUAAAAAAAGAAAAAAAAAUCUCCAUUAUGUGUACAUCUACAAAAAUGUCUUCUGUCGUCAUCUGCUUGGAAAGGAAUACAGACUUGACUGAAUUUUUGUUGAGAUAUUUUUUAAGUCCUGCGUUUAGUUCGCUCAGUGCUGAUCCCCGAAGGUCUGUCGCCUUCAGUGUCGUUUUGAUAGAUGCUAACGUCUGUUAGCUUAAUCACCAGUUGCCAAUCAUCUCUGCAGACAGAUGCUGCUGUGUUGAACCUUGGAUCUUUGGCUGUUGGUUUUCUCACCCGACACUCCAUGACCAGUAUCACGUGCAGCUCAGUCUUUUCAUUACCACCGCACUGUGAUUAAAGUGCGAUUUUUCACUCUUUUUUUUAAUCACACCAUUGCUGGCAGAUCAUUAGAAGCAGUUUAACCAUGAGUCCGCUAAGGAGUUAAACGAAGACCUACACAAUACCGUGAGCCUUCUUGUAUGUGUUGGUUAUAUUUCAUGCAAAUCUGGGCUCUUCGUUCUGCACGAGUGAGAAGCGUAAUAGCAGAGGAGCUUUGCGUUUUAGCCGUUAAGCCAGUUCUUAUGUCACGUCGCUGCCCGGCCCAUUUCAUUAACGAGAAAGUCAUUUCAAAUUCUCGUUUGGUUGGCUCUCUGCCUGAACGCUAAUUAGAAUAUUACUUGGGAUUAGAAGUUUUGUAUGACAGCAGGGUGACGCAUUGCGGUAUCGUCUCAGCAUGCGCUCCCUUAUUUGGCCACUGCCGGUUCAAACCGACCCUCAUUUAAUUACUAGCGUUUCUCGAUCUUAAUGAAACGCUCAUUGGUAUUUUAUGGUACACAGUAUUGAGACCCCCAUCCCCACCCAUCAGUGAUGAGGUUAGGCAGCACCUGCUGUGCUGUGGGCAUGCAGACAUGUCACGAGUCUUACUGCUCAAGAAAAUCCACGUUUGGAUCGGUGCAUUUGCACGUGGUCCUGCUCAACCGGCCACGUUCCCUUUCUCGCACAAGUAUUCACAUGGUCGAUUUUAUUAUUUUUUUUUUGCCUGUGCUGUCAUGUGUUGUACAUUUAUUUUUCAUAUUAAAUACAGUAUUCCUAUUUA